AUGCUAGACGCGGCCCCACCCUCAGCAGUGACUUUCAAGAAAAAGUGGAAUGACGAGGUGCAAAAGGUGACCCAUCUGCACUUUACUGAUUGGCCAGACCAAGAUGUGCCAACUGUGGAGGAUUUUGAUCCAUUUUUCGACAUAUACUGCGACUUUGAUGUAAGGAUGGAAAAGGAUCAGAAACUUGGUCCCAAUAUCAUCCAUUGCAGGUAUGGAAGUUGA